GAACGUUAUCGAUAUUCUAAAGUACUUGUUUCGUAACAGGGUUCGGAUUUUUAACUUCGAUAAAUUCAGUGAAUUAUAAUUCCAACCAUGUAUCACCAAUUGAACCGAUUUACUGGCAGGCUGAUUGCCUCUUCUCACCUGCAGAAUCCACUGUUCCCUGUUGCCCCUAUUGCUUUGCAACGAGUGGACCCUCCAGCAAUCCAGUACAACACUAAUCACAUGUCUACAGUGACUGAAGCUACUGCAUGUGCUGCAGGCUCCAGGCGAUUGGUGCCAGGCACUAAUAUCCCAUACCCCCCUGUGAACGAAACCAUCCGAAAACAACAAGAACUAUUUCAGAAAGACAAUGAUGUUCCAGUCCAUUUGAAAGGUGGUCCAUUUGAUGCCCUUCUGUACCGCCUCACCAUGCUGUUGUGCAUCGUGGGAUUGGCUGGCAUCGGCCACACAAUCUACGGCCAUGCUGUUCCUAAGAAACAGUAAUUCAUGUAGUGAAAAACCGUUAAAUUAUGUUUUAGAUGCAUGUGUUAAUAUAGAACUCUGUUCAAAUAAAGAACCACUUUAAGUUAUAAAA